AUGGAACGAGAUACACGCCGUGAGGAAAUGAGAGACCAGGCAGUGUGGACCCAAGUGACAGAAGGCAUCCCCAAAGCCAAGAGAUGUACUGUGAUCGGAGGCUCGGGAUUUCUUGGACAGUACAUGGUGGAGCAGUUGCUGGCAAGAGGCUAUAGUGUGAACGUCUUUGAUAUCCGGCAAGGCUUUGAGAAUCCCCAGGUGCAGUUCUUCUUGGGAGACCUCUGCAGCCGCCAGGAUCUGUACCCAGCCCUGCAAGGUGUGAGCACAGUUUUUCACUGUGCAUCACCCCCACCAUCCAGUGACAACAAGGAACUCUUUUAUAGAGUGAAUUACCUUGGCACCAAGAAUGUCAUUAACACUUGCAAAGAGGCUGGGGUUCAGAAGCUCAUUUUAACCAGCAGUGCCAGUGUCGUCUUUGAGGGUGUCGACAUCAAGAAUGGAACAGAGGACCUGCCUUACGCCGUGAAGCCCAUUGACUAUUACACAGAGACCAAGAUCUUACAGGAGCAGGCCGUCCUUCGGGCCAAUGAUCCAGAGAGCAGCUUCCUAACUGCAGCCAUCAGGCCUCAUGGCAUUUUCGGCCCCAGGGACCCCCAGUUGGUCCCCAUCCUCAUUGAGGCUGCCAGAAAGGGCAAGAUGAAGUUUAUGAUUGGAGAUGGGAAGAACUUGGUGGACUUCACUUUUGUGGAAAAUGUGGUCCAUGGCCACAUCCUGGCCGCAGAGCGCCUCUCCCAGGACUUGGCCGUGUGUGGAAAGGCCUUCCACAUCACCAACGAUGAGCCCAUCCCUUUCUGGACGUUUUUGUCCCACGUCCUCACAGGCCUCAACUAUGAGGCCCCUAAAUACCAUGUCCCCUACUGGUUGGCAUACUACCUGGCACUUCUGGUGGCGCUGCUGGUGAUGCUGCUGCGGCCGGUGUUCGUGCUGCGGCCCACGUUCACCCCUAUGCGCAUCGCACUGGCUGGCACCUACCACUACUACAGCUGCGAGAGGGCCAAAAGGCUGCUGGGCUACCGCCCUGUGGUCCCCAUGGAUGAGGCCAUGGAGAAAACGGUGCAGAGCUUCCGCCAUCUGGAGAGGGUCAGGUGA